CUUUAACAAUAUUCCUAAACAACUGCUGGGACUACUGAACUCAGAAACACAGCAAGAGAUUAUAUUUGAAAUAUGGCUCAGAGUGACUUCCUCUACCCAGAGAACCCACGGAGAAGGCAGGAAGUAAGCCGUCUUCACCAGCAGCUUCUUGACUGCUUAUCUGAUAGUUUCCAUGCCACUAAUACGCUGACUGAGGUCUUAAACAUGCACUUGGGGUGCAGGCUGGCCUCCAUCGAGAUGAAAAGAGCUGGGACCAUCAAAGAAAACUGUGAUAUCAUCAUCCAAGCCAUGAUGGAAAUCCAAAAGGAAUUGCAAAAGGUUGAUGAAGCACUAAAAGAUAAGCUAGAGCCAACCCUUUACAGAAAACUUCAGGAUAUUAAAGAAAGGGAAACAGAGAAAAUCGCAAUAGUACAAAAGGUCAUUUCAGUCAUCCUGGGAGAAGCUACUUCUGCAGCCAGUGCUGUAGCUGUUAAACUUGUGGGCUCAAAUGUCACAACUGGCAUCAUUAGCAAGUUGGUCACUGUGCUAGCUCAAAUUGGCGCUUCUCUCCUUGGUAGUAUAGGAGUUGCUGUUCUUGGCCUUGGCAUAGAUAUGAUCUUCCGUGCCAUCCUGGGAGCAGUGGAGAAAACACAGCUUCAAGCAGCCAUUAAAAGUUAUGAGAAGCAUCUGGUGGAAUUCAAGUCCGCUUCAGAAAAAUAUCAUCAUGCCAUUACUGAGGUCACUAACACAGUGAAACACCAAAUGAAAUGA